GUAACUCAGUGCCUCCACCGGCGGCGACAUUCACAGAGGAGAUGGCGGCCAGAGGGGGCUUUCAGACGGCACCGACGGGUGGCGGCGGCGGAGCUAUGGGACCUGGACCACCGGUACCGGGCGCAGGACCAGGCAUGGGGCCCGGCACUCCCUCCGGCAGGAUGGGGCCGUCGUCGGCCGCGCAGAACCACAUGUACCGCUCCCCGAUGCCGGGGCCUGGAUACCCGAGACCGGGCAUGCCUCCCUCCAACCGUAUGACCCCACAGGGACCAGCCAUGGGCCCCCCGGGAUACGGCAACAGCCCCGUGUCCCGCCCUGGGAUGCCAGGUGUGAUGGACCCCUCUCGUAAGAGGCCGGCCCCCCAGCAGAUCCAGGUUCAGCAGCAGCAGAACCGCAACCAGCACACAAAGAAGAAGAAGAUGGCUGAUAAAAUUCUACCUCAGAGGAUCAGGGAACUGGUCCCGGAGUCUCAGGCUUACAUGGAUCUGCUGGCUUUCGAGAGGAAGCUCGACCAGACCAUCAUGCGCAAAAGGUUGGACAUUCAGGAGGCCCUCAAGAGGCCCAUUAAGCAAAAGAGAAAGCUUCGGAUCUUCAUAUCGAACACCUUCAACCCUGCAAAACCCGAUGCCGAGGACGGAGAAGGCACAGUUGCAUCGUGGGAGCUGCGUGUUGAGGGGCGUCUGCUGGAAGAUACAGCCGUGUCCAAGUAUGAAGCCACCAAACAGAAGAGGAAGUUCUCUUCUUUCUUCAAGUCCCUGGUGAUUGAGUUGGACAAGGACCUGUAUGGUCCAGAUAAUCACCUUGUGGAGUGGCACAGGACUGCCACCACCCAGGAGACGGAUGGUUUCCAGGUGAAGAGGCCGGGUGACGUGGGUGUCCGCUGCACCGUCUUGCUCAUGCUUGACUACCAGCCUCCUCAGUUCAAGCUGGACCCCCGACUGGCUCGUAUGCUGGGUAUCCACACCCAGACCAGACCGGUCAUAAUCCAGGCCCUGUGGCAGUACGUCAAGACCCACAAACUCCAGGACCCCCAUGAGCGCGAGUUCAUCAACUGUGACAAGUACCUGCAGCAGUACUUGGGUCGUUCUAAUUUGCAGAUUUUUGAGACCCAGCGGAUGAAGUUCUCCGAGAUCCCGCAGCGCUUGCAUGCCCUCCUGAUGCCCCCGGAGCCCAUCAUCAUCAACCAUGUGAUCAGCGUGGACCCCAAUGACCAAAAGAAGACCGCCUGCUAUGACAUCGACGUGGAAGUGGACGACACACUGAAGACCCAGAUGAACUCCUUCCUGCUCUCCACAGCCAGUCAGCAGGAAAUAGCAGGACUGGACAACAAGAUCCAUGAAACCAUUGAGACCAUUAACCAGCUGAAGACCCAGAGAGAGUUCAUGCUGAGUUUUGCCAGAGAUCCUCAGGGCUUUAUCAACGACUGGCUGCAGUCCCAGUGCAGAGACCUCAAGACCAUGACGGAUGUGGUGGCAAACCCCGAAGAAGAGCGAAGGGCUGAGUUCUACUACCAGCCGUGGGCUCAGGAGGCCGUCUGCCGCUACUUCUACUCCAAGGUCCAGCAGAGGCGACAGGAGCUGGAGCAGGCGCUCGGCAUCAGGAACACCUAAAGGAGAGUGUCUACGGAUGUGCUGAAGGAGACGUGUGUGCGUGCGUGCGUGCGUGCGUGCGUGCGUGCGUGUGUGUGUGAGAGCGUGUGUGUCUUUAAAUGUGUGGGGGGCAUUCAAAACUUGUGGCGUACAGACUUAUGACAAACUUAGAAAGACAUAGAUACUAGAUGGUUUUACUGUUAAAUAGUUUUUGGUUUAUUUUACUUCACCUUGCAGCUUGAUUGCCGUGUGGUAGCUACUUCCACACAUUUUUGCCCCCCUCCCUCACACUAGAGCUUCUUGAGCACAGUAUAUUUUCCCUUGCAUGUCUAAGCCUCGUCUUGGAAGCAUUCCUUUUUCUUUUUGAUAAGUUGUGCCCACACAAAAGAACAGACUGAACACAGAUUGAACCUGGCAACUCUUGAUGUAUUUCGUCCCCGGGACUAAACAAAUCUUUAAAUCAGCUGGAAUGUGGAGAUCCUGCCACAUCCUCCUCUUCCCCCAAACCUUCUGAUUUGGAAAGUGAAUUUACUUGUUACACUCCCGACACGGUCCCCGGGUGUUUGCCCGUUCAGUUAGAUAUUGAUGGUGACUGUGUUUGUAAUCAAUCACAUUGUUUUGUUCUGACACUUUGCUCCACAGUCGGUCGUCAGUCUCGGCAGAAUAUACAUUGCUGUGGCAAAGCGGUCACUUUUUGUUCAGAGUGCCAUCUAGUAUGAAGUUGUUUUUCUUUUUCUUCUUUAUUUUGUUUAUCAUUGAUCUUCGUUUUUUAAAAAUAUGUAUAAUACGAGUACUUGUCUUGUUAGCUAGUACAGAUUAUCAAGGAAGUAGCUAGUUUGAGUACCUCUAGUCUAUAUAGUUUUGUAAAUACUAAGCAGAAAAAGAAACUGAAGAUGGAUGUGAAGUAAAAUUGUAUCUCUUAUCACGGCAGAUCUUUUUUUCUUAUCUUUGACCACGCUCUGAUAGUUGAACGAGUAUUUAUAUGAAUCAGCCCUCGCUCUCAGAGCCCGGUGAUUUAGCUACGUCGACGUAAAGACAGGCAGUUUGCAUUUGAUGAACCGCUGCUCUGCAGCGCAACGUGCACACCGCCUCUCAUGCCGCCUGCAGGCUGGGGAAAAUUAAAAUCUUCUGCUUUUAGUUUUGUGUAUUUUUAAUCAUGUGCAGAGAAGCCAGAAAAGACGUGGACGAGCAGGCGUGGAGUUGUUGCUUCUUCAUGUAUUUUCCUGAAGACCUGACACCACAGUUUCACUGUUGAAGUUGACGAUGAAUAUGAAGACGAGGGUCCUGGCUGAAACUCUAUUGUGUGCGUUUCAUUAACAAAUUCCAAGAAUACACUAAUGUGGGGUUGUGCAGGUGCAUGAUUUCAAAAGGAGUUGUGGGAACCUCUGGGGUGUGAAACGCGACACUGGCUGUGCUGCAGUAUUAUUUGAAUCUGCAGACUUUUUCAUGGACCAAACCUAUUUUUCUGUAUGUUCUUAUUAUGUUAUAAUAAAGGAUGUAAUGUAAAA